CCUCUCAGCCCAUCUCACUGCGCAAGCCUGAGGCUCGGGUUCAUGGGUGACCUCACAAUCCCCAGGCUGGUGGCCAGUGCACGGCCAGGCCACCGUUCUCAGUCCACCAUGGUCACCAUCUUGUGGAUACUGCUCAGCUUUGCGCUCCCAUUGUCCAGCCUCCACGUCUCUGUCAGCUGUCCCCAGGCCAAGGAAUGUCAGCUGGCCCUCCUCUCCCAAAACAGCGUCCUCUUGGAAUGCAGCACCCCCACGCCGCACUGGUCCUUCUCUGAGGUAGACAAAGAUGGCGAUCCCGUCGGCCUGGCCGGUGAUUUCAGUGUGGUAGAGGGCCCACGCGGUGGUCUGCUCAUUCCAAACCCGUCGCCCCUCAACACAGGCCUCUACCAAUGCCGGGAUGAGAAUGGAACCGAAGUGGCCAGUUACAGGAUCGAUUUCCAGGACAUCCACAGACUGCAUACCACACACCUCCAGCUGGGUCAGAAGCCCCUGAUGAACACGACCCUGAGCCUGGGCCACAAUGAGAUGGCGUACACACGGUGGGAACCCUGGCAGGAGUGCAGCAGCUGCGGAAAGCCGGGCGAGCGCAAGCGCCUGGGCUACUGCUACAUUAAGGAGCCCCUGGAGGAGUCGGUACCCUGCGGCCUCUACCUGGGAGGGCAGAGGAUGCACUACUUCCACUUAAGGCCCGAGAUGCAGGUGGAAUCCUGCCUCGUGAGUUGCCGGCCCGCUCCGACCCGCGGCGGCGGAGAUUACGUCGUCUUUGACAGUUUCACGGUCAUGGAGGAGUCGGAGUCUGCGUGGCUCACCUGUCCCACGGCGUCCAUCUACAGGCCCGUCCACUGGGAAGCCAACAACACCGCUCUGACUUGGCACGACCAGCUGGCUGCCGGCAAGUACAGCAGCACCAUCAUGGACCUCCACAGCGGCGGCCAGAAGCUGCAGGUCUUCCAGCCAGCCAUUUACAGAUGUUUCGUGCAACAGGAGCUCGUGGCCCAGUUCAACCCCACGGCCUCUGUGGAUCAGCUGGAGGCUGAGAGACAGCCCAGAGCCCAGUGGCUGUGGCAGUCCAGGGCCCAGCCGGGCAAGGCGGACUCCGUGCUCAGGGGUUUGAAGCUGCUGCUGCUGGUUGUCUUUGUGCUGGCCGUGGGGGGGCUUCUCCGUAAGGUGGUCUUCCGUCCUCCCCGUGGCAAGAAGAAUCAGGUCCUCCUGGUGAAAUAAACUGAGCCCUCCGUGUCCAAGGGAACCGGUCUCUCCGCUGUUCUGCCCCUUAGCUCUCCAUUAGCUUUAGCCAUCCGUGGGAGCCCCACACUGGG